AUGGUCUCGAUCACCGAGCAAACCGCCAUCCUUGCCAAGUAUUUGGACUUGCCCCAGAGAGGCAAGGUGUUGGCCGAAUACGUGUGGAUUGACUCUGAAGGCAACACCCGUCUGAAAUGUAAGACGCUCGCCAAGGUGCCGUCGUCGGUCGAUGACCUUCCCGAGUGGAACUUUGACGGUUCGUCCACCGGCCAAGCCCCCGGCCACAACUCCGACAUCUACCUCAGACCCGUCGCCUACUACCCCGACCCCUUCAGAAAGGGCGACAACAUCAUCGUGUUGUGUGAGUGCUGGAACAACGACGGUACCCCUAACAAGUUCAACCACCGUCACGAAUGUGCCAAGCUCAUGAAGGCUCACGAAGACGAGGAGAUCUGGUUCGGUCUUGAACAAGAAUACACCUUGUUUGACCAAUACGACAACGUCUACGCCUGGCCCCAAGGCGGGUACCCUGCCCCUCAAGGCCCUUACUACUGUGGUGUCGGUACCGGUAAGGUGUACGCCAGAGACGUCAUCGAAGCCCACUACCGUGCCUGCCUCUACGCCGGCAUCGACAUCUCGGGUAUCAACGCCGAAGUGAUGCCGUCGCAAUGGGAAUUCCAGGUCGGUCCUUGUUCGGGUAUCGAGAUGGGUGACCAAUUGUGGAUUGCCCGUUACUUGCUUCAAAGAGUCGCCGAAGAGUUUGGCGUCAAGAUCUCCUUCCACCCUAAGCCCCUCAAGGGUGACUGGAACGGUGCUGGUUGCCACACUAACGUCCUGACCAAGCUGAUGAGACAGCCCGGCGGGAUGAAGCUGAUUGAGCUGGCUCUCGCCAAGCUUGCCAAGAGACACAAGGAACACAUGUUGCUCUAUGGGUCCGACAACGACCAGAGAUUGACUGGUCGCCACGAAACCGCGUCGAUGGAAGCGUUCUCGUCCGGUGUUGCCAACAGAGGCGCCUCGGUGAGAAUCCCUCGUUCGGUGGCCAAGGAAGGCUACGGCUACUUCGAAGACAGACGUCCCGCCUCCAACAUUGACCCUUACCUCGUCACCGGUAUCAUGGUGGAAACCAUCUGUGGUCUGAUUCCCGACGCCGACAUGUCGAAGGAAUUUGCCAGAGAAACCGCUGACAUGUAA